AUGUCUGCUUCAAAAACUCUAACUCCCGAAGUGCUUUGGGCCCAAAGAUCCAGCGAAACCGAUGCUGAUGAAAACUAUUUGAUGAUCACAAUUGGUAUCCCAGACUGUGAGAAUCCAUCUGUAAAGAUCGAAUCUGAUUCCCUAGAAUUCACCGCCAAGUCAAAGGGUCAUGUAGGCGAUGAAUCUUCUCACCAGUAUCAUUUGCACAUCGAUUUCUUUAAGGAAAUUAUACCCGACAAGACAUUGCAUAAGAUCGCCAACGGUCAACAUUAUUUCUUGAAAAUAUUCAAGAAGGAUUUGGGCUUGGAAUACUGGCCACGUUUGACUAAAGAAAAGGUAAAAUAUUCAUACAUCAAGACGGACUUCAACAAAUGGGUGGAUGAGGACGAACAACAAGACGCUCCACCACCAGCUGGGUUCGAUAUGAACGAUAUGAUGAUGAACGGAAACCCAGAUAUGGAGGCCUUGAAACAACAGCUAGCACAAGGUGCUGGUGGUAUGGACCUGGGUGCCGCAGGUUUCCCAGAAGAGCUUGAUGAUGUGGGUGAUGAGGAAGAAGUAUUGGAGGAGAUUGAGGCUAGUAAAUAG